AUGGAAGAUUUGUUAACAGAAAUUCUGGUUCGAUUGCCCCCCAGAUCUGUUCUGCGCCUCCAAUGCGUCUCCAAGCAGUGCCUUUCCAUCAUAUCCAGCCCCAAUUUCCGGCGCCUCCAUUCCCGUCGCUCUGCCGCCGUCGUCACGGGACUCUUUUUCCCCCCUCCAAUGCACUUUCCAUUACCCGCCGAGUCGCAUUUUGUAGCUCUGCCAAAUGGAAAACGCCAACAUAACACAAUCGCAAACCGCCUAAUCGAGGUGUGCGAUGGCCGGUUUGUGGUAAGUCUCAGUUCUUGCAACGGAUUGUUUUGCAUAGGGUUAUCAGAUGAGAAUGUGUUAUUUAGGGAAUGCGAAUAUUAUGUGUACAACCCCACCACCAAUCAACGCAGGCGAAUUCCACAAGUACAGAGUGAGAGCAAAUAUGUUAGUAACGUCGCCAUAGCUUUUGAUGCCUCCAAGUCCAAUCACUACAAGCUGGUGUGCGUUUGUGGAUAUUUGAGAGUGUGGGUGUUUUCCUCGGAAUCAAGGGUUUGGAGGAACACGGGUACGCGACUACCCGGCCGUUGUUUAAAUGUCUAUAGCUUUCCUAGCCCCUAUUUGAAUGGGGCAAUUCAUUGGUAUAUUUUUAAGAAGGAGUUUUUGUGCUUGGACAUUGAUACUUGUGAGCUUAGGCCAAUGCCUCGUAUUUCAUGUGUAAAUAAUGAUCCGGGAUGGUGCAAGUAUUUGGGUGAGUGUGGAGGGCAUUUGCAUUUCAUAGGGGAGCGUGGUAGGGGUGGCCAGUUGUUGAAUGUUUUUGAAAUGAAGAAUGACUAUUCUCAGUGGGUUUUCAAGUAUCAAGUUGAUGUGGGUUAUGUGGCAAGAUUUUACCCUAUUGUCAUGGAUGAGUUUAAGAUACGUUUACAUUUUUCCAUACAUUUACUACUUACCGGUCAUGAUGAUGAUGAAGAAGGAGAAGGACUGGUGAUUUCACUCCCUAAUGGCAAAGUCAUAUUCUGGCGCUUGCACGAUAUGAGCAUCACACAACUUGUUGAGAGAUGUAAUGAAAUCCAACACCACAUGUCCAGGUGCUACUACACCUCCAAACACAUUGACACGCUUGCAUUUAUAUAUUGA